UCAACAAGAACAAGAUGGCGAUAUGCCGUUUGUGAUUGACCGAAUUAUCGCAUGUUUUCUACGAUUUAUAACGUACAAAAUCGUAUUUAUUCUAGGGAAAUGCAGAGACAUCAUCGUCCUGAUGUUCUCGUUUAGUUCAGCCAAGAAUGUCUUGACGUUUCUGUCGAGGUAUCGGAAGCUGGUGCUUCUGGUCAUCUUUAUCCUGGUGCUCCUUAUCUACUUCUCACCAAGCAUCUUCAACCUUAGGAAGACACCACUCAGGACAAAUCGACUGGAUCGAUGCAUUGAAGAUAAAUUACAAUAUUACUCCAAGGCAGCUGGUCUCUAUGAUGCGAUUAUCAACCACAAGCCCUUACAGCUGGGAGAGACGUAUUAUCAUCCUUUUAUUGGUAAUGGAAAGUUUGGUGUGUCGGUGACUGAUGGAGGUUAUUUGUACCUCAAACACCAGAGGUCACUGUCUGUACCUGUGCCAGUGUCGCCUGUGCUCUCACUUUACAUGGAGGGCUAUGAGACUAAAGUGGCGCAUGCAAUGGAUUUCCGAGAGGGUGGUGUGUCAAAAGUGCAGUGCUUCAAACAGAAUUACAACGAUUUAGAAUUCCCUCUUCAUGUAGCGGAAGGCACGCUUCUGUCGUUAUGCAUAUCCGUGGCAACCCAAGCGUACGCACAUCGAGCGCGGCCUUCCAUUCUGAUUCAGGAGGCAAAGAUCUACAAUCCUACGGCGGGGGAUGUCCACCUUGAUAUGGAUCUUGGAUCGUCUGCUAGCUGGGAUGGCAAAACAGUAAAAAAACUCAACUUUAAAACUCCAACCGGUGACCCACUGGAGUUCUCUCUAAUGACAGGCACAGUUCCAGUCCCUAAUGAUGCUGAGAAGAAGGUUUUUGUAGUGGCAGUAGCAUCACCCAAAGUGCCGAGUUCGUUUGUCAUCAAGACAGGAAAAACUGAGCGGUUCUUCCUGAUCACGGCUGUUGACUAUUCAGAUCCCGUCCUGCCAGCUGAAGUGGAGAAAACCAAGACUGCCGUCGAGGCCAAAGUGAGUGCAGACCUGCGGGAGGCGAUACGUGCUGAUGCCAAGGUGCUGCGCAAGGAGCAUACUGCUGUUUGGGCGAAGCUGUGGGCUUCAGGUUUUGACAUCAGUCUUUCCAAGGCCCCGGGAGCGCUGAAUGGGGACAAGAUCAACGCCACAAUGUACUACGUUGUGAGUAGUACAUCUUCUCCUUUGAAUGAGAUCGGCAUUCCACAAGAGAAGCUGACACUUAUGGAGAAAUACCUCCAUAUGCCAGACAAAUGCUAUGGAGGACAUCAUACACUAUUCUCAGUAAACCGGAGGCAAGCAUCGACCCUGUGGGCCGAUUUGGAUACAGUGGAUAGUAUCUCUAGUGUAGUGAAGACGUGGAUGAUCACGUUGGAGGCGCAUGGAUGUGCUCAUAUGCUCAAAGCAGGGGCAGAUGGUGCCCUCCAAGCUAUGAUCCUCAGUUUUGGAGGGAUGAAGUUCAGCAACGACCAUUUAGAAUUCAAUACGAUGCCUAAAGACCUUCACCGUGACUACAUGUUCCGUCGCAUCAACUAUGGCAGUAACACUCACCUGAACAUAUCGGUGAAGGUUGGUGAGGAUAACAAAGCCAUGAUCUACACAGCACUGGAUCGUAAUGAUAAACCGUACUAUGCAUGUGACGCAGGGUGUCUUGAUCCUCCUGUGAAGCUAAGUAAGUCUUUAUCGUCCUUCCCUGUGAAGCAGACAGACCCGAUCACCGCCAUCCUUUACAUAACAUCAGAUAAAGUCCACAUGGAGGAACUCAAACAUGCCAUUCAUGUCAAGGAGAUAGUCGAAGCUCCAGCACAUGAGCAUCACGUCCUUGCCCUCCAUCGCCAUGGACACGAAUACGGCGGUCUACCGAUGCUCUUCUGGGCGGCCAUUGCAUUCCUUGUCAUCAUAUUCCAUCUGUUUUUAUUCAAAAUCAUUUACACGGAGUAUUGUUUAGGAGAAGUGCCUAAUUACCCCAGAGCUAAGUACAACUUAUAGCAGUGAUUAUUUGGUAGCUCACAAAAAACUUUCAUUUUCCUGUGGUUGUCAGACUAACUCAUAUUUUACCAUGUUAUGUGGAGUAAGGGCCAAGUCCCGAUGAUCUCCAUCAUGAACUUGAUUCCCGUGAGUGUGCUGCGGCCUGUCAAUGAUUACGUAGCCUAAGACACAGCAUCAAUCUAGUCUAUUAGGAAACUAUCACUGUCACUGCCUGGGAUAAAAUUAAUAUAUGUCUGAGAGUUACUGUGACUAGUAUGAGAGUUAUCUUGUUGUUACUAGUAUGAGAGGGUCAUCAUGUUGGUGUAAAUGGGAAUGUACAUGUAAAUAUCUAGUUUAAAAUAUUUUUAUGUUAAUUGAACAAAAAAGAUCAGCAAGUGCAAAGGUUUAGGUGCUUGAUGAGCAGGUGGCUUGAGGAAUUACCGUUUUAUGCUUCUUUUCUGGCCGUAGUUUUUACCAUGUUGUAUAUAUAGCAGUUGUCUCAGCUCUCAUAGUCUUAAUCCAAUAAUACCUGAAAAGGUAAUCUGUCUGACUUCUGUCUUUGUGCACAUUGUAAUGCUGUUAUAAUAUUUUUAACGUUUCAUAAAAAGUGCUACACUACACCACUUCUAAAUGCCAGUAACAAACCAUCAUUUAUUAUUUUUGCCUUUUUGUUUCAUGAAAGAUGCAAAUGCUCAUUACUUUCUAUUUGAAUCAUAUUGAAAUUCCAGUAGUAGCAAGCAACACUUAAAAGUGUUUGACAGCUGUAUGGUUUUGUCUCGGGGGUGGGGUGGGGUGAUAUAGGCAUGGUUCAAGGUCUUGGGAGGGGGCAGGUCAAGUUUAGUUAUGUCGAGUGAGGGAAAAGAUCGUAAAAACCAAAGUCGGUAGCGAUAGAAACCAGGGUGGGGGUUGUUUAUAAUGAAUUAUUAUGUACAAAUUGUGUAUAGU